ACUCUUCCACACUUCCCUCACGAAUACAGACUAAUCUUCCAUCUUUCUCUCUGCAAAAUAUUACUAUUUCCAAGCACUCCCAUUUUGGCAUUCAUUGUUUUUUUCUCAACAGCCGCUCGCUCUCUUAUAUUUCAUCAUUCAAGAUUCUUGUUUGUCAGCUGAUUCAAUCUCCCAGAGAGUUUUAGCAUCUGAGAUUUGAGAUUUCAUCAAGAAUUUUCACUCCUCAAGAAAACAGAGCAGAGGUCUUUUCUUCUAGAUCAUUCUAGAUGGAUUCUUCCAAACAUAAAGGAAAAUCGAAGAAGACGACAGGAAAAGGAAACGCCAUGGAUUUCGAUGGAGACGUAGCUCUCGAUGAUGCUUCCUUUUCAAACCGGCCUUUCAAGAAAGUCAAGAGCCCCGACCGCCGCCAGAAUUCAUCAUCUUGGACGCCUCCGCCGCUUCUCCCCGCAAUGACGUUUCCGCCGCCGUAUUUCCCCUUCUCGACGGAGAAUCCGACCCCAAUGCUCCGGCCGCAGCAGCAGCAAAUGAUCUCAUUCGCGCCGCAUUACCAGCAAAACACGGCGUUCCCGCCGUAUUUUGCUGGGGAGGCUGCUGCUGGCACGCCUCCCCAGCAGCAGCAGCUGCUGCAGUACUGGAGCGACACGCUCCAUCUGAGCCCGAGGGGGCGGACGAUGAUGCUGAGCCGCCUCGAGCAGCACGGGCGGAUGCCCCUCUCGGCGACGAAGCUCUACCGGGGCGUGCGGCAGCGCCACUGGGGCAAGUGGGUCGCGGAGAUCCGCCUCCCCCGCAACCGCACGCGCCUCUGGCUCGGCACGUUUGACACGGCUGAGGACGCCGCCCUCGCGUACGACCGCGAGGCAUUCAAGCUCCGCGGCGAGAACGCGAGGCUCAACUUCCCCGACCUGUUCCUAGGGAAGGAGGCGCCCCAGCCGGUAGCAGCGACGGACGAUGAGGAGGCUGUACCUGAUCCGCCGCUAAUGCCAGUAGCGGCGGAUGAGGCAGAGGAAGAGCCCCCGCCUUGUGCACCUGCGGAUGGCUCGUCCCCACCAUCGUCCGAGCUUGUGUGGGACGACAUGCCAGAAGCAUGGUUCGACACGGUUCCGGUGGGGUGGGGCCCGGGGAGCGCGGUGUGGGACCAUUUGGAUUCGAAUAAUAAUUUGAUGCCUCCUCCAAAACUUCCUCCAUAUGAGUAUAUUAAGCAUCAAGACUCUGAAAAUCAUUCAGAUGCACAGAAACAGAACAACAGAGAUUCAUCAUCAUCAUCUUCUUCUUCUUCUCAACCCUUCUUCUGGACCUAACUCUCUCUCUCUCUCUCUCUCACACAUACACACGCAUACAUCAUGAACAAGUAAAGGAGAAACAUCUUUUAAGUCAUCUCCUCUUCAAUUCUUUGAGGGCUGAAUAUUAGAGGCCAAUCAAUCUGCAUGGGCAUGUGAUUUUGUGUGACUACUUUUAGUUUAUCAGUUGAAGUUUGUUAAUUAGGGGUUUCACUGUUGUGGACAGAGUUUUGUCAUCUCUUUUUCUUUGUGAUUUUAUCCAUCAUUGUUUCAUUAGAUCUUUUUUUAUUUUGAUCUAAGGGGAGAUGGAAAUCAAUCAGUUUUUCAUUUCUGUUUAAAUUAUUAGUGUGAUUACUUAUUAUGGUAA